AUGAGAGACUAUUCAGACAACUCAUCGAGUCUUCCUAAAUAUGGCGGUACGGAUCAAAAUGGAGAGAACCAUAAAACAGGAGUUGGAACACCGAGCGAACACACCCAAGAAGAAGAUGGAUCAGAAUAUCAAACCAACGACGCGCGCCGUCAAAUCGGCCCCUUUUCCGCCAUAUUCCUGAUCUUCAAUCGCAUGAUCGGCACCGGAAUCUUCUCGACUUCAAGCACUAUUCUUGCGCUUUCCGGAUCUGUCGGUCUUUCUCUUUUUAUCUGGGUUGCAGGUAUGCUGAUUGCCGCUGCCGGUCUUGCGACUUAUAUGGAAUUUGGCACCGGGCUUCCACGAAAUGGUGGUGAGAAGAAUUAUCUCGAGUAUGUUUUCCGAAAGCCGGCAUUCCUCGCCACUAGUAUGUAUGCAAUGUAUGUCGUACUCCUCGGUUGGGCAGGUUCAAAUUCCGUGAUAUUUGGCGAGUAUAUCCUCAGUGCCGCCGAAGUUGAGGUGACUCGUUGGAAUCAGCGCGGAGUUGGAUUAGCCUGUAUCACAACCGCUUUUCUGAUCCAUGGUUUUUCUGUCAAAUGGGGAUUGAGGCUUCAAAAUUUCUUGGGUGUUAUCAAGCUUCUCAUUCUUCUCUUGAUCAUCAUCUCGGGAUUCGUCGCGCUUGGUGGCCAUUUGAGAAUUGAGAAGCCAAACAACUUCACAAAUGCUUUUGAGGGGACAACUGGUAGCGCUUAUGGAGUCGUCACAGCUCUUUACAACGUCAUCUGGAGCUAUAUUGGCUAUAGCAAUGCCAAUUAUGCGCUCUCCGAAACCAAAAAUCCAGUCAAAACCCUCAAGAUGGCUGCGCCGACGGCUCUUGCUAUUGUUGGCGUGCUUUACAUGCUUGCAAAUAUCGCAUACUUUGCCGCCGUGCCAAAGGAAGAAAUCAUAUCUUCGGGCCGUAUUUUGGCUGGUUCGUUUUUCAGAAACAUGUUCGGACCGCGUGCCGAGCGAGUAUUGUCCGUUUUUGUUGCCCUUUCAGCUUUCGGAAAUGUUCUUAGUGUCAUCUUCUCUCAGGGUAGAAUUGUGCAGGAAAUUGGUCGAGAAGGUAUUUUGCCAUUCUCCCGACUUUGGGCAAGUAACAAGCCUUUCAACACACCAUUCAUGGGACUUUUUGAGCACUGGCUUGUAUCUGUGAUUAUUAUGUUGGCUCCACCCCCAGGUGAUGCCUAUAAUUUCAUCCUGAAUGUAAUCUCGUAUCCACUCGCGGUGGUUAAUGUCUUCGUAUCCCUAGCUUUGCUUAUCCUUUACGUUCGACCAUUCUCAGCGGAUCGCCAUCCUCAACAUUGGGCUCCACCUUUCCGUGCCACUUGGCCGGUGGUGUUGUUUUUCCUCCUCUCGAAUGUCUACCUUGUUGUUGCGCCAUUUGUCCCACCUGAUGAAGGGCAGAAUGUAUACAAGAGUUUGCCGUAUUACCUCCAUUGUGUUGUUGGAAUUGCAUUUUUCGGCGCAGGAGCUAUCUAUUGGCUGAUCUGGGCUCAAAUUCUACCCAGAAUUGGUGGAUAUAAACUCAUUCGAGAGCAUAUUGUAACAGACGAUGGAUGGAGUGGUAGUGUUUUUAGAAGAGUGAAAUCCGAAUAG